AAGGAUGUAUUUAAUUUAAUCUCAUAAUGAUAACUUUAAACAACUAUGUUUAAGAAUAUUAUACUAUUUACUCUAAAUGUAGCUUCAUUGGCGUUUUAUGUGAUAUUUUGUAAUGUUAUUUAAUGCAUAACUUAUGGUUCCUUUUUGUAUUAAAAGAUGAACUAAAAUAAAUUUAUAAAAUGCCUGAACUUGUUAGAAUACUAUUACCUGUGCUGCCUAAUGGCGAUAAAGACAUUUUUUACAAGGGAUACUUUGAAAAUAGUGAUCAAAAUUGUAUCACAAUAUUUAUUACUAUAUAUGCACACAGUCCAAAAAUAUUUAAAAGUAACCAAAUAAAAGAGAAUGUUAUUUUUGGAUACAGUUCUGACAAUGUUUUUGAAAAUAAACAUAUGAAAACUAAAAAUCAGUUAAUAACAGAUAGAAAGGAGUAUCCCCAAAUUAAGAGUUUAAUUAUUAAAGGUAAACCGAAGACUGAUGCAGAUUAUAUAAUAAUGUUAUAUGAUUAUAAUAAAGUUCGAAAUUCAGAAACAAUAAGCAACAGUGAUGAUUACUUUUUAACAUUACAAGGUUUGAUCCAUAAAGAUGCUGGUGACCGUUGUAACAUAUUCUGUGAACCUUCUUAUAUGAACAAUAAUUGGUUUACUUCAUCCAUGUUUGUUCAACAUGCUUAUAAUUACAUUUACCUAUUGAAAUGGCUUUUGAAUUCAGUGAGGAAUAAGGGAAAAGUUUCAAUAAAACAGGGAAAUUUAUUAUUGGCUAUAUUGGUUGAUGUCAUUUUAGGAUAUUUAGUUUUGCAAUUGGUCAUUUCCAGUAAAAAAGACCUUGGUGUCAUGUUAAUGGGUAUUUUGGAGAAAUUAGUGAACUUAAUGUAUUCUUUGCUUAAAUGGCUGAUGGGUGAUCCUGCUGGGCUGAAAUUAAACAAUGCUUUCAAUAAAAUGUUAGGAAAAUAUUUCUUGUACCAUGUUGAGCUGUGGUGGCUGUUCAUAGACGUUUCUGGAGAAAAGUUGGAUGUUAUAUUGCAUUUAUAUCAAUACAUCGGUUACUUGGGCUUCACUUUUCAAGCUGCUAUAAUAUCUGAUAUGAUCUGCUUAGCCACAUUCCACUCUUAUUGCAUAUAUGUAUAUGCAGCCAGACUAUUUAACAUACAAAUAUCAGGGCUAAAAGCAUUGUUAAGGCUGUUUGUAGGUAGAAAGUACAAUCCACUUAGAGGUGGUAUAGAUUCCUGUGAAUAUACUAACCAAGAGUUGUUUGUGGGUACAGUGGCAUUUACAAUAUUGCUAUUGUUAUUGCCAACAACAGUUAUGUACUACAUCGUUUUUACUAUGUUUAGAGUUUUAUCUCUCGUAGUGCAGUAUGUUUUAGCGAAAAUAAUAUACACUAUACAAACGCUUCCUUUUUAUGUAAUAGUUCUUUGGCUAUCACAGUCACCGAAGUUAGCAGGAAAUAUAUUAAUUGAAGAGAUCGAAACUGUUCAAAAUACAUCAUCAUUAAUCCUUAAAGUAAAAUUGUUUAAUAAAUCCUUUAAAGAUCUGAUGAAAAACUUUAGACCACCAGUGCAUGUGUCAAAAAAUAUUGAAUGGAGUAAUAUUGUAUCAAAUAUUUUUACAGGUAAACAAAUUGUAUAA